AUGACCAAUACAAUUUCAAUUUUUCAAGACAUUCUCACAUUGAUUACAUCGAAAACUUUAUUUGAUAAAUCAAUAGAGACUUUGGAAUCCAUAGUAUUUCCUGAUCAAUCAACCUUCACAGAAUUAAACGAUAAACUUUCUAAAUGUAUAACUAAAGAUGAUGAAUUAUUUACGUCGGAGACUGAUUAUUUAUCACCAUUAUUGCUCUUUCUUCUCGAACAUAUUCCACUUGAAAUCGAUCUUAACUUAUUGACAUCAACUCAAACCAAUUUCUAUGAAGUUCCACCAUCAACCAAGAAAAUCUAUAAACCAAAUUUUCUUCCGUCAAAUCAAAACAUGAUUCUAUACUCAUCAGAAUCACAAAUAAUUUUCAAUCAUCUAUAUAAAUUCCUUCAGAUAAAUAAUCUCGAAGAAUUUCUCACAUUAAAACACAUUAAUCAACCUAUUUAUCUUCAUUGUCUUCAUCAUUUAAAACCAUUAUUAUUAAAAACAACCUAUGAUCAUUAUCCUAUGGCUGUUAAACUCUUUGUUCAUAUUAUCAAAUCAAUUUCUCAACCAUCACUAUCCGAAAGUAUCGACUUCAUAUUUCCCGUUUGUUUAAUCACAUUGGAUGAUCCAUCGGUGGACAUGAAACUAACAAGUCUCUAUCUAUUAGAACAUUUACAAAGGCAUUGUACAUCAACCGAUUUAUUAUUAUUUAAUCGAGCGAAUGUUAUUUUGUAUGGUCUCGAACAAACUUUAUAUCAUCGCGGCGAACGAAUCAUACUAUUUGAAUGUUUAUUAGCAGCAACGUAUCGUUGGUUAACUAUUAUUGAAAAUGAAGUCUAUUCUGGUAAACAUUUAUUCAUACGGACAAGUCAAAUUAUUGAAAGAUUUAUUCGGGAUGGACUGUUAGAAAUCAAUAUUGAAUAUCGUCGAUUACUUAUAAAAAUACUUCGUGAUUAUAUAGUUCGUCUGCAAUUAUUUGCUAUUCGUCAUUUAAAACAUCUUAUUGAACUUGUCGAAGAUUCGAUUGAUAAUCGUUUACUUAGGUCGGACUCGUUAAAAUUACUUUUAGUCAUUCUUCAAAUACUUAAACCGAGAAUUAAUGUUCAUCGAUGUGACAUGAUGAAAAUAAUCAUUCGCUGUCUAUUUAAAAUAAUUCAUGAAGAAAAAGAAAAUGCAACAAUGAUGAAUCUUUUGAAAAAAUGCUCGACAGAACUUCAUCUAUGCACAACGGACAAUUAUGUUCGCGAUGCUCUUCAAUCGUUAAUUGCAACAUCUCAAUUGGACAAAAUCUAUCGAGAAAAUCUACAAAAACUUCUCGAGACCAUUGAAGAUAUCAAUCGAUAA